UGCACUCUGGAGGAAGUCCACUAGGGGGCGUUCCAGUUCAAACAGUUGAUGACCCUUCUCAAGCAACCUCUGCAAGGGUAAGUAAGUCUGCUUCAGUUCACAUGUGAGGUGGAGGGUUGAGCCACAUAACAGACAAAAAAAAUCAAUGCCAUGGUUGUGGAUGGGGCUUGUGCACACUGACCAAACCUAAAGGGAGGCUGACACGCCCUGGCAUGUCCAUUUAAGUUGCUAAAUUAAGAGUUACCUUAAUGGCACAGGGGGGGCAUUGUGGCCCUCACCUAAAUCAUGGCAGAUCUGGAAACUAACAUAUGAGGUUGGGUUCCACUUGGUGCUGUAGCUGGACAGAUAUGGGUUUGAUGGUGACAAAGCUGAAAAGAAGCUAAGAGAUUGUUUACAUUCUAGUGGUGUUACCACAACUUUCAGUCUCUAUCGACCCAAGACACUAGCAGUCCUACUGUCAUCUGUGUUCAUAUUCUAUCUGAUUUCUUAAGAUUUCUUCUUCAUCUUAUUCAUGUGAAUUGAUCUGUUUCUGCUGGCAACAACCAGGAGAUGGGUGACAGAAAUGUCCCUUUGUUUAAAACAAUGCAAUAACUUUGCACUGGUCACAAUCUCUAUGAAAAACAUGGUCGCGGCACCAGCUGUUUUCUUCAGACAGCUGCUUGUCUUUGGGAGGAGUUGUAAGAUAACAGACUAGUUCACGUAGUGUCUUCAGUCUGCAUAAUAACAGCGCUGUUUUAAACUAGGUCAUCAAUCAGAAAUAUGAUGGCUAUUGUUAAUUCUACUAAAGUAAAAAAGAAAAUGUCCAUUCACUGCAGCUUUGACUUUCACCCACAUAAACCUGCUCAAUGACCUGUCCACUCAGUGUUUGUGUUUUCUGACAGUGUUAAAUAAUCAUUUCAACCAUUUUUCUCAUAUUAGCUUUAUUCUCUGCCCUGAUUGUGUGAGUAUGUAAAGCCAAACUGGAGAGAAACAAAAUGAAAUGGUUAUAAUUGACAUCCAGUUUAUUUAUGUAGAAUGAAUUCAAUUCAGACUGCCUCCACAUACUGUAUGUUCUGUGUGAAUGAUCCACAAUGAGUUGCCAGUCAACACUAGAUGUCAGAUAAACUAAAGCUUAUCUAUUCCUCCUUUUGAGUGGAUCCACCCUUACAGUGCAGCUGUGUAGGGGGUCAGAUAAGCUUAAAGAGGAAACUAUGCAUUGGCAGCAAACACAGAAAAUUACUUAAAUCAUCACUUUGGAUUGUUUCCAACUGAUAACAAAUCUAUUAAUAUUGCUCGAUCACAGAGUUUAGAUUUCAAAUCCAUUCGAUGGACAAAAGAAAGCCUUCAGUCUGGCAUACCUGCCAAUAGUAAUUGGUCAGAAUCAGCUUUUUUAUUUCUCUCAUUUCAAGGUAGUGCUUGAACAUUUUGUCCUAGAGUAUUUCUGUUUGAACAUGCUUUCAUCAAAUGGCUUUAUGGAUAUACAGUACUUGCUGCCUUGUUUGCUUUAACUUGCCUAUGGAGAAUUGCUUCUGGAAUACAUCCCCCUGCAACUUUCCCUGUAAUAAUUAGUGACAGAUUUAUUAUAAUUCGAAGUUUGACUCCAGAGCCACCGUGGGAAGGUUUUUGGGUUUAUCUCACUCGGACCGCCUCACGCAGCCGUAUCUUGGAGGAGGUCCCGGGUGAGCCCACGCUCUGUGUCGAGAAUAAAAGCCCCGCGGUUUGGACUGAUCAGGGUAUACUUGACUAAUAGUCAGACAAAGGCAAGAUGACCACUCUCACUGCUAAGGACAAGGACGCAGUCAGGGCCUUCUGGGCUAAAGUGUCUGGAAAGUCCGAGGACAUCGGAAAACAAUCUCUGGCCAGGAUGCUGGCGGUGUACCCACAGACCAAGACUUACUUCUCCCACUGGAAGGACCAGAGCCCUGACGGUGCCCCGGCGAGGAAGCAUGGAAUCACCGUGAUGAAUGGAGUUGCUGAUGCUGUCUCCAAAAUCGACAACCUGACUGCGGGUCUCCUGGACCUCAGUGAGCUGCAUGCCUUCACCCUGAGAGUGGACCCUGCUAACUUCAAGAUUCUCGCCCACAACAUGCUUGUGGUCAUGGCCAUCAUGUUCCCCAUUGAAUUCACCCCUGAGGUCCAUGUGGCUAUGGACAAGUUCCUGGCUUCUCUGGCUCUGGCUCUGGCUGAGAAAUACAGAUAAGAUGAUGGAGACUGCAGCAUGAGCAUGAGCUCUGCAUCACGCAAAAUAAAUGAAUGCCAGCAACAACAACAACAAAAUAAAUAAAUAAAGGAAGAAAGCAGAAAAAGCAGUGUUUCUGGUUGUUUUUGUGAUGGUUUGUGUCAUAUUUGAAUAUAUAUGACAUUUCAGAACCGUACCACAAAGACUUAAAAAUACACAAGUCCCAUUUUACAACUGCAACGAUUAUUUGGUUAAUUGAUCAGUCGAUUGACUGAAAAUUAACUCUCAACUUAAACAAUCCGUUUAAGUUAUUUUUAGGUAAAAAGUUCUUGGUUUUCCAGAAUGAGAAUUGUAAACUCAAUAUUGUUGGACAUUUGGUCUGACAAAACAUUUGAUGGAAUGAACGAUUAAUCGACAAAAUGUUGUCCUUGCUGCCUCUGGCCCAGGUCGUCAUUUUAAAUGAGAACUGGUUCUCAAUUGACUUACCUCGUUAAAUAAAGGUUAAAUUUAAACAUAAAAUAAAAUAAAUGGCAGAUUAAUCCAUAAAUAAUAAUUCGCAGCUUUAUUUACCAUGAUUUGAAUUUAGAAAACAAAAGAGAGCAAAACAUAAAACAAUUAGUCUUUGUAUAAAUUAAAAAUUUUGAAAGUAGCUACAGUAUAUGUGGCAUGAAUCAGUUGUUACAUUAAAUACUGUCAGUAACUCAUGAGUAAGUGACAGCAGCAGCUACUCAGUUACUCAAUCCAAGGAGUUUGUUUUAUUAUUAUUAUUAUUAUUAUUA